AUGCCACACAACAACAUCGUUUGCGAAUGGCUGCGCGCCAUCGGUAUGCAACAAUACGCAGACAGUUUCAUGGAGAACGGCUACGAUGAAUUGGAGAUUUGCAAGCAAAUUGGUGAAAUUGAUUUGGAUGCAAUUGGUGUGGAUACACAGCAUCAUCGUAACAAGUUAUUGAAGAGCGUACGUUCAUUGCGAGAGAAGGGAGCUGCUAUUGUAUAUGUGAUGAUCAAUGAUCCGAAAGCGCUGAGUAGUAGCAAUGAAAUUCUAGCUACCGACUGUGAUGCGCCCACCACGAUGAAGGAGUUGGAGGCGGUUAUGAAACGUCAUUUGGAAGCCGAUGGUAUUCGAUUGACAGCGCAUCCCUACUCGACGCCGGAGGGCAAACGUGGCUAUUUGGAAGGCUUGGCCGCUCACUAUAGCAAACAGAUUAAUAUGCCGUACGAGGACGUGUUGGACGCAAUCGAAGAGGUGCGCAUUUCCAAGUGGAAGGAGCGCCAUGUGCGCAUUUCAACCGGCCACACAUUGUCGAGACGUGCCGGUGGCAGCAGCAGCGGCAGUGGUGGUGUUAGCGUUGGCGGUGGCGUUAGUGUCAAUGUCAUGACAAGCAUGAUGGGCGGCGGUGGCGGCGUAGGUGUCGGAUUUGGCAUUAUUGGCGGCAAUAUCGCAAAUCAAUCAACUCUGCCGACAAGUCACAGCCAACCGUUGUAUGUGCCUGGGAAAUAUUUGCCAUCGAGUUGCCUUUCGAAUCGUGAGGAGAAUGAAAUCUACAGCUUUGCUCAAAACGAUUUGGCAAAUCGCAUGGCCAGAAGUGCAAUUGAUUCGAAAUCAGCGGUUAACCUGAAUGGCAUGCAGCACAGCUAUCCUGGCGCCAGGCGGAAUGUCUUCUAUGACUUCUCGGCAACAGAGGGUCGCAAUCGGAACAAACGGCGCACAGUCUUCGCUCGUUUUCUGAGUGGUCUGAAGCAAGGCGCCGAAGAAAAUAACCCGAAUGAAGGAAUGCAAUUGAAGUCCUCAGAAAAACUGAAAGCCUGCAGCACGAUGAAACGCGUUGAGCCCCAUCAGAAUUUCGAGGAGACAAUAAGAAGAUUGAAGACCCAAAAGAAAAAAGCUGAAACACAUGACAAAGGCAUACAUGACAGAAAUAAGGAGGUGGCGCACACCAUGGUCAAUGAAAUGCCACUCAACAAUUAUACGAAGCAUCCUUAGGACAUGGCAAUAACCGAAGCAAG